CACUCAAGUGAUUAAAUAAGACCGUUCAUAACUUAUUGUGGUAGUAGUCAAAGAUACAUUAAAUGGAUGCAAAUCAAAUUGUUAGUACUACUUACUAAAAAGAGAAAAAGAAAUCAAAGAUGUACGAGUAUUAAAUAAUUUACUUUUUUUAUAAAUUUAAUAAUUAAAUGUGAAAACCGUUAGUACUAUUUACUAAAAAGAAAAAAGAAAAUCAAAGCCUUUCAAAAAUAAAAUAAAAAUAAAUCAAAGCCUUUCGCUGAAGGUUCGGACUUUUGAGUUGGGUUUCGAUUGGCCAUGUUCCACCCCUGCCAUAUUAGUAUAAAUAUCAUAUGUUUUCUUGCCAUCCAAACGGACCCAACUCAAGUAGAGUUUCAACAUGCAUUCCAACUUCCAACCGUUGAAAACUUUUUCCCGGAAAAUUCAAGGUAAACUCAAACUUCGACUCACAAUCCGACCGAUAUACAAUCACACCUACCACCCCGUUUCGCAGAAAAUCCUAUCUUGGCUAGUCCCUGUUCGGGAUUAUCAGCAAGAAAGAGAACUAAAAUUUGAUGAUUCCACCUGCAGAGACAAUCACAACAUUGUCGUGCCGCUGCGCAAUUCAGAUGAACACUCCACCUCCACGGACAGCGACGCUCUCAGAGUUCAAGACCUCCUCAAGGUUCAAGGGAACAAAUCAAUGGAUGAGAUUGACCGAGCUCUUGAUCAAUGUGGGAUAUCUCUGUCUGAGGAUUUAGUUCUGAAUGUGCUUCGACGGCAUCGAUCUGAUUGGAAAAUUGCCUAUAAAUUCUUCAACUGGGUUUCUAGAGGACUAAAUGGAAGUGGGUAUUCACCUGGGACUGGUGUCUACAAUGAAAUUCUGGACAUUCUAGGCCGAAUGAAGCGGUUCGAGGAACUGACCCAAGUGUUCGACGAAAUGUCUAAGAAAAAAGGUGUCAUAAAUGAGAGGUCAUAUGGGAUUGUGCUUAAUAGAUAUGCCGCGGCACAUAAGAUAGAAGAAGCAACUCAACUUUUCUAUAGGAGGAAAGAGUUUGGUCUCGAGCUUGAUUUGAUUGCAUUUCAGACACUUUUGAUGUCCUUGUGUAGGUACAAACAUGUUGAAGCUGCAGAGUUUUUGUUCCACUCUAAGCAGAGUGAGUUUCGCCACAAUAUAAAGACGAUGAACAUCAUUCUCAAUGGAUGGUGCGUAUGGGGUAGCUUAAGUGAGGCAAAACGGUUUUGGAAUGAUAUAAUCACGUCCAAGUGCAAGCCGGAUCGUUUUACAUAUGGGAUUUUCAUUAACUCACUGAGCAAGGCAGGGAAAUUGAGCACCGCAGUGAGGUUGUUUCAAGCAAUGUGGGAGAAGGAUUGCAACCCUGAUGUUGUGAUCUGCAACUGCAUCAUUGAUGGCUUGUGUUUCAAGAAGAGGAUUCCCGAGGCUCUUGAAAUCUUUCGCGAAAUGAAUGAGAGAUAUUGUCUUCCUGAUGCUGCCACUUACAAUUCCCUUAUCAAGCACCUAUGCAACAUCCGGCGGAUGGAGAAGGUCUAUGAGCUUUUAGAUGAAAUGGAACAGAAAAAAGGAAGCUGUUUGCCAAAUGCUAGGACUUAUGGUUACCUGUUGAAAUCCGCAAAGAAGCCAGAGGAAGUUGCUGAGAUUUUGGAGAGGAUGGAGAGAAAUGGAUGUAAGAUGACAGGUGACACCUACAAUUUGAUCCUAAGGUUGUUUAUGGAUUGGAAUAAUCAAGAAAGAGUAAUGUCUGCUUGGGUUGAAAUGGAGAGGAAUGGGUUGGGACCUGAUCAACGAUCUUACACGAUUAUGAUUCAUGGGCUUUACGACAAGGAAAGAAUAGAGGAUGCAAUGUGUUAUUUCAAUGAGAUGACAUCAAAGGGAAUGGUGCCGGAGCCUAGAACCAAACUAUUAGUGAAUGCCAUAAACAUCAAGUUGAAGGAAAAAGAGAGUGAAUUGAAGAAUGGAGGAACAAUUAACACCGACGAUAGGCUUUCAAGUAAAAGGGGAAAGAAGAAUAGGCAGGCUAGGUAAUGGUUGCUUCACUUUUUAAAGUUUUACGCAUGAAAUAGUUCAAAUUCUUCAUGAGAAAUGAAGAAAAUGGUGUGCGCGCGCUUUCUUUCUUUUCCUGUUUCCUUUCCUUCUUAGGUAUUGCAUGAGCACUUGAGAGCAAUUACAGUUGAGCUACAGCCUACAUUGCCUAUUAAGGCACGGAGGGUUGUGGUAGUUAAAAAGCUUUGUGUCACUGGACUACCGGGAUGUAGUAUGUCAUUGAUCGGAUCUGGUAGAGAAACAGACAUUUACAUGUGUGUGUGUUAUAUACGAACGCAUUUUGUCUCAAUCUCUAUAUGUGCGCGCGCAAGCGUGUAGAACCAAGAAGAAAUGAAGAGACAUUGGAAAUAGGAGCACCAUAUUGCAAGAUUAGAUAGAUUGCACUUUGAUACUAAUAAUAUAUUACACCUGAGUUGGAAGUAUAUCCUAUUAGAUAGUACUUAUAUAUUACGUCGACUACCGGGCGCACCAUGCACCCGAUUCAUCAGAUCAGAUGCCCGUGCAUGUACAACACCUCGGAUGAACGUGAACACCGGAUGCACCCAAUAUCUAAUUCCUAACAUAGGUACCACUUCAGAGGUUUAAGAACAGUAACGCUACAAUUGGAUACUACUUAA